GGAAUAUACAUUUGAUCAAAGGCAACCAUUAACUUUGUUUACUAAUCUCUCUCUCUCUGCCUUUUACCUUUUUCUCACCUUUACUUUGCCUCUUUGUCCAAGUGUCUGCUACUGUGAAACUUCGUUAUCCGUGGUUACUUUUGUUCAUUUUACCCAACAGAAGUUUUAUUGCUUUGGAUCCCCCCCCCCUCCCCUCCUCGCUUUAAAUUGCCACACUUUCCCACGCCCACCCAAGCAAAGAAACAAGUGAAAGACGACACCAAAACUUCGAUAUCUCUCUUCCAACCACCCAAUUCCUCGUCUCUUUGAUAAAGUCAGGCCAUUCGCCCGACAUAUUCAAACGCUUGUUUGUCUCUCUCUUUCACUCUUGUCUCUCACAAUAUGGAUGAUUAUUACAGGAGGAGCCAUGUUCCAGCUUUUGGUAGCUGGGAUUGGAACAAUGACCUUCCGUUUACUCAGUGUUUUGAAACGGUUAGGCAAACUGGAUUGCUUCGUUACAGCUACGCCGAGGAUCGUGAUUUAUAUGUUGCCGGCGAUCUCUAUGAGAACGAUGUUGUUACCCCUGCCAUGAUUGUUGUUCCUCGUAAAAAGAAAAAAGUAGGAGAGUCGCAUGUUAAAGAAGGCAAAAAGCAAAGGUGGGAGGUGAGCGAGGAGAAAGCAGCAGCAGCAACAAGCCCCAUUGUUAUGGCCAAGCCAACUCCAAAACCCGUUGAUGAAGACCUUUACAAAAUCUCCCCUGACCUCCUUUACCCAAAACCCAAAAAGUUGUGGUUUAUGCAGAAAAAAGGGUUGGGGUUACUUUCAAGCUGCUUGGUACCAAGUUGUUUAUCGUGAAGCUGCAAAAAGCCUAUAUAAUUAGGAGGAUUACGUAAAUAUUGCUUUUGAAGAAGUUGGCAUGGGGUCUGUUUUGAUCUUUCCCCCUUCCCUUUGUAUAUUAGAGGGGAUCACUGGGGUUAAGAUUUCUAAUUAUUAUGUGAGGUUACUACUUAGGACCACAAUAUUCUUCUUUGUAAGACAAUCUUUUGAUGAUAUGAAUUAUUAUAUAGAAAUUAAAAUUGAAAAAAAUGAUUCUUGUUCUCAA